AUGAAGUUUACAGCUAUCUUUGGCAGUCUGGUGGCUCUCUCCACCCUCACCCAUGCAGCAAUCAACCUCUCCUACACCCCUGAGAACGACCAUGAAGGCAAAGUCGUCCUCGGCGAAAAUGUCAGAAUUGCUUGGGAGAGCGAUAAAACCUAUGUUCGUCUUGACAGCUCAACCCCUGAUUCGAAAGAUAUGCUAAUGACGAACCAAUCAGNNGACCUUCACCUCGAAAUGGUCAGAAAACAGGAAGAUAAAAAGCAUUGGCCUAGCGGAUGGCAGCCAAUUGAGACUAUGUUCAUGAAGUUGAGAUUGAAUGAGGGUAGAGGCGAAUAUUCCUACAACAUCCCUGUUGGGAAGGGGUCACGAACUAGCAAAGCCAUAAAAGAUGGCGAAUUGUGUGCUUUCGUGCUUACAGGAUCGGAGAUCGAUGGCAGUGGUCUCGAGUAUGCCAACCAUACUAGUUGGUUCCCGGUGGUCAAGCAUGAGAUAGCCCCGAAGGAAGGGUUCAAGAAGCAAGCAUUCUCGGGUUGA